AUGCGUUCUCCGUACAGAGAUGAGAUCACCCUGGCGGUUCUCCAGCUCCAGGAGAACAACCGUCUGGAGAUCCUGAAGAGGAAGUGGUGGGAGGCGGGCCAAUGCCCCAAGGAGGAGGACCACAGAGCCAAAGGUCUGGGCAUGGAGAACAUCGGGGGCAUCUUCGUGGUGCUGAUCUGCGGCCUCAUCCUGGCCGUGUUCGUGGCCGUGAUGGAGUUCGUCUGGUCCACCCGCAACUCGGGGUCCGACGAGGUACACACGCCCCUUCACCACCCCUCCUCCUCCUCAGGCCACGCCCACUGCCAACACACCCCAGUGUCGGUCUGUCAGGAGAUGAUGUCAGAGUUCCGGAACGCCGUCUCCUGCAGGAAGAGCUCGCGGUCGCGGCGCCGCCGGCCACUGACCGGCUCGGCGGGGGGCGGAGUCCUGAGGCCCCGCCCCCGGCCCCGCCCACUGCGGCUGGUGAGGGACGUGCGCUUCAGCAACGGCCAGCUGUGCGGCCUGGGGGGGGGCUUCGGGCCCCCGGGGGGGGGGCUGGACCCGGGGCCCGGCCCCCACCGCCUCCUGGUGGAGGACCCGUUAGGGGCCGACGUGGGCCCGCCGGCCCCUCCCCCGGCCCCUCUGGCUCCUCCCCCUGCCGCCAAGCCCCUCCUCCCCAUGCUGUCGGCGCCGCCCCCCCCGGUGGCCCCGCCCCCGCUGGCCGCCCGGGUCUGCCAGGAGUGCCGCCGCAUCCAGGCGCUGCGGCCGUCUCACCCGUCUCACCCGUCUCACCCGCCGCCCCCGCCCUCCUCCUCCUCCCUCACCCCUCUGGCCCUGUCGCCGCGGCAACACCACCACCACUACCACCACCACCACCAGCACCACCAGCAGCACCACCACCAGCACCUCCUCCUGCACCCCCCCCACCACCACUACCACCACGGCUCCAUGUCCCUGCCCCGCCUCCCCCCCCACCUCCCCCCCCUCCCCCCCACCUCCUCCUCCGCCUCCGACCGGGCCGACAGCGACGGGGGAGGGGGGGGCGGAGUCGGCUGCAGGAUGAAGCCCCUCCCUCCACCACGCCCCCUCCCCCCGCCUGCUAAGCCCCACCCCCCCACAGACCUCCUCGGGGGGAAGGACUGAGCCCCCCAGGCUGGGGGAGGGGCCCGAAGGUCAGAGGUCAAAGCACCGUGGAAGUAGGGGGGAGUCAGGGGGGAGUCAGGGGUGAGGUAGGGGUGAGGUAGGGGUGAGGUCUUGGGGUUGAGGUCGGGUCCCUCCAGAGAGAUUAGGACACCAGACAAUAUAAGGCCACUGGGUUUGGAUCGACCAAUAGGAUGAGACCUCUAGUUAAACAGGACUGGGUUUGGAUCGACCAAUAGGAUGAGACCUCUAGUUAAACAGGACUGGGUUUGGAUCGACCAAUAGGAGAAGACCUCUAGUUAAACAGGACUGGGUUUGGAUCGACCAAUGGGAGAAGCCCUCUAGUUAAACAGGACUGGGUUUGGAUCGACCAAUAGGAGAAGACCUCUAGUUAAACAGGACUGGGUUUGGAUCGACCAAUGGGAGAAGCCCUCUAGUUAAACAGGACUGGGUUUGGAUCGACCAAUAGGAGAAGACCUCUAGUUAAACAGGAUUGGGUUUGGAUCGACCAAUAGGAGAAGACCUAAACAGGACUGGGUUUGGAUCGACCAAUGGGAGAAGACCUCUAGUUAAACAGGACUGGGUUUGGAUCGACCAAUGGGAGAAGCCCUCUAGUUAAACAGGACUGGGUUUGGAUCGACCAAUAGGAGAAGACCUCUAGUUAAACAGGACUGGGUUUGGAUCGACCAAUAGGAGGAGACCUCUAGUUAAACAGGACUGGGUUUGGAUCGACCAAUGGGAGAAGCCCUCUAGUUAAACAGGACUGGGUUUGGAUCGACCAAUAGGAGAAGCCCCCUAGUUAAACAGGACUGGGUUUGUAUCGACCAAUGGGAGAAGCCCUUAGGGAGGUAUGGUGAGGUGGGGGUCAAGAGGACAGACCGGUCUGGGGUUCUGGUUCUUGAGGAUCAUGAGGCCGUCUGAGCUCUCUGAGGAGCUGUGUGUCAGAACCACAAUGUGUAUGAAGAACAAUGUACUGUUAGGUAGACACACACACACACACACACACACACACACACACACACACACACACACACACACACACACACACACACACACACACACACACACACACACACACACACACACACACACACACACACACACCCUUGGGAAGGCUCAGAGUAUAUUGUAUGAUGUCAUUCAGCCCAGAGGAGGAACAUACCAACAAUGCAUUUCUCCUCUGCUUUUCUACAGUGCAGACAUCUUCUAGUUGUUUCAUAUGUUUUUAAUCAGAAACGGAGCGUUCAUCGUUUCUUAUCCACCCCCCUCCACCCCCCGACCUGUGACCCUAGAGGUCAGAGGUCAGCUAGCGACCCAUGCAUUGUAGCGUAUUGACGAUGCGUCCCGGUAACCUGUGAUUAAAGUGUUUCAUAUUGGUGAUCGAUCACAACGUAGCUCCACCUCGCCAGAGCCCGGCUGUGACCUCCUGAACCGGGGUCAGAGGUCACCACGGUGUGAACACUAAAGACAUUUCCUCACUUUACCCACGUUGGCCUUGUCCAGUAAAAUGGCGUCUAGUAUGAGCAGAGGUAAGACAGGUUCAUUGUUUAUGCAGCGUUUUCUGUUGACCUUUACUUUCACCUGCAUCAGAUUUGGUCUGGAGAUGAUUCCAUCGUCUUUAUUAUGAUUAUUAUUGACGUUAAAACGUGGGGUAAACAGCUGGCGGGGAGCAGCCUUCUGAUGUUAAAUAUGUAGACAGAUUUGGAAUAAAAAAAGAAACAAACA